AUGGGCGAGCCUACCGCCAUCUUCCCAAUUAUCAACGCUGCGCAUCCUGAGGCUGCAGGUGGCACCCUUCUCAGGACCUUCGACGAAUUCAAUAGCCUGAUGGAAGCCUCUGGAAUCGAAGUCACCAGCUCUUGUGCGAGCGACUUUGACUGUCAGACACAAUGGCUUUGCGAAAACUGUGCAUACGACAUGUCUGGAGAGGAAAUCACUCAGCAUGCGGCAGUAUUUCGCGAGCUUGGGCUCUAUCUGCGUGGGUCGGAGGAUAGAAAGUUCAAGCGCUUGCCCGAACCUGCAUCCGGAACAGUAGCAGCAUCUGCCCAGGAGCGAGAGGGUAUCGGGCUUGCUGUGAAUGAACAUUUCAGGACGCUCGGCGAAAGGGCUGACAGAUUACGCACAGUUGGGCAAGGUCUGAUAGCGGAACAACUCGAGGACGGCGACAAUAACGAGCGCCAUCUUGCAUCUAUCCAGCCCACUGUCGAGACGACUACAGAAGAGGACUCUGACGAGCAGCGUGCUCAAGACCGUCAGCCCAUGAUGGAUGAGCUCGCGGUGCGCUUCGUGCCUCUGACGCAUGACGAGGCCGAUAUGCUAGAGGCGGUGUGGAUCGUGUACGGAGAUCAGUGGCAAACUUAUUGUCAAAGCAAGCACGACACGAAGACUAGUGCUACUGUGCUCACGAAAGCUGACUCAGCCACUUGGUCCGGUUAUGCAGAUGCUCGGGCGAAAACUUGGACAUAUGGAGAUGCGGAGCAGCUCCUCAAACGUACGGACCAGGACACAUUCAUCAUAUUGCUGUUGAAUGCAAGACCGUUCUCUGUGGUAUGGCGUUUGAUAUGA